GUGUGUGUCUCUUCCUUCCUCCCCUUUCUCUCUGUACACUGCUGACCAAAUUAAAUGGACAGCGUGGUAACCUCUUUCGGCUCUCAUUUAUUCCUGCUGCGCGCUCUCUCCUGAGUCUGCUGCCCAAGAGCUGUGAAGUGCAUGAGAAGAGGAGGAUGGGAGAGCAGCUGUCGGCACCAGAAGACCUGGAGCAAACGCUGGAGGUGCUGUCAACAGUUAGCGAUGACAUUCUGCAGAGGGAGGACGGCCCUCUGUGCGCAGCAGAAAUUGGCUCAGAACUCCAGAAACAGUUUGCCAUCCUGCCAGGGGGCCGCGGGAUGAACGGCAGCCCCAUCAUCGUCUUCCCAGAAUUCCCAUCUUUCGGCGAGCUGGAGGAGGAGGAGGUCCAAAAUGUCCUCAGCUACCUCACCAGCGUCCCCAGCGUUGCAGCAUCAGGAGUGGGUUUCAUCCUGGUCAUCGACAGACGACUGGACCGAUGGGCCGCCGUCAGGGCCACCCUGCUCCGCAUUGCUGUAAGACCCUGCGUGAUUGGUUCAUUUCCAGGGAACUUGCACUUGGUUCUGGUGUUGCGUCCCACUACUUUGCUCCAGCGGACUCUGUCAGACUUCCUGUUCAAGUUCAGCAAGGAUGAGUUCAAAAUGAAGGUGGUGAUGCUGAGUUCGGUGACUGAGCUCCAUGCCUAUAUCGACCCAGGACAACUGACCACGGAGCUGGGGGGCACGCAGGAGUACUGCCAUGACAGCUGGAUCUCACACCGCACUGCAAUCGAGGCGUUCGCCCUCAUGGUGAAGACCACGGCUCAGACCCUGCAGGCGUUCGGCACUGAGCUUGCAGAGACAGAAUUACCUAAUGAUGCCGAGGCCACCACCAACCUGCUGCACACACACACUCUGAAGAAGGAUAGAAUGAAGGAGGACCUGCAGGUGGCGCUGUCUCAAGGGGGACGCCUGUUGGAGUGUAUCAACGAGCCUCUAAAGACAGACCCAGAAUACAGCAUGACCCACGAUGAGCUGGAAAACUUAGCUACUGUACAGAGACUCCUGGGUCAGCUGGACGAAACGGAGGCAGCAUUUGACGAUUUCUGGGAGCGCCACCGCACCAAGCUGGAACAGUGUUUACAGCUCCGCCAUUUUGAACAGCACUUCCGUGAAGUGCGUGCCCAUCUCGACGUGACGUCAGAGCGCUUGUCGGGUUUCUCGGAGGUCAGCGUGAGCCCCGCCCAUGCUGAGCACGUCCUCAGAGAGCUCAGCGGCCAUGAGGACAAGGCCUGUGACGUACUAGACCGAGCCCUUUCCUUGGCCAGUGAAGGUGACAGGCUGAUAGAAAAUUCCCACUAUGCCGAGGACUCCAUCAGGCCGAAGUGCAGCGAGCUGAGGGGGGUGUGCGAGGAGAUCAGCUCCACUCUGAGGAGCAAGAAGAGCCUCCUGCUCAGGGCGAUGGAGCUUCACCACGCUCUGGAGAAGGCGUCACGGUGGUGCGAGGAGGGCAUCUUCCUGCUGGCCAGCCAGCCAGUAGAUCGCUGUCAGUCUCAGGAUGGAGCUGAAGCAGCUUUGCAAGAACUGGAGCGAUACCUGGAAACAGCGCCGCUCCACACCCUCACUGACCGCAGCGCCAUCUGCUGCCAGUAUGAGGCGACGCUCACUACUCAGCUCAGGGACCAGAUAGAGAGAGUUUUCCAGAAGCAAAGCUCCGUCCAGGAGAUGUUUGAAAAGAGACGCAUCAGCCUGAAGAAACUCGCUGCCAAACAGACCAGACCGGUGCAGCCAGUGGCACCUAGGCCUGAAGUGAAGUCUCCACUCUCCUCUCCCAACCAGCAGAGAAAGGAGAGAAGAUACUCUGCAGAUAAUGUCAUUUGCAAAAAGGUGGAGUCUCCCAUCCAUAAUGGUGGCACCAGACAUGCAUCUCUCUCAGAGGAAGAAGAAAACCUGGCAGUACUUCGGCGCCAUGUUAUGAAUGAACUACUGGAGACAGAGAGAGCAUACGUGGAGGAGCUACUGUGUGUGCUGGAGGGCUACGCUGCAGAGAUGGACAACCCUGCCUUGGCUCACCUCAUCCCCAGCACCCUGCUCAGCAAGAAGGACGUCCUGUUUGGCAACAUGUCUGAAAUAUACCAGUUUCAUAAGAGGACGUUUCUGAAGGAACUGGAAGCGUACACUGACUGCCCAGAACUAGUGGGCCGCUGCUUUUUAGAGAGGAUGAAGGACCUGCAGAUCUACGAGGCUUACUGCCAGAAUAAACCUCGCUCUGAGAGCUUAUGGAGACAGUGCUCCGACUGUGCCUUCUUCCAGGAGUGCCAGAAGAAGCUGGAACAUAAACUUGGUUUGGACUCCUACCUCCUCAAACCUGUCCAGAGAAUCACCAAGUACCAGCUACUGCUUAAGGAGUUGUUGAAGUACAGUAAAGGCUGCGAUGGCUGCGAUGACCUCCAGGAAGCUCUCUCCUCCAUCCUGGGAAUCCUGAAAGCUGUUAAUGACUCCAUGCACCUCAUCGCCAUCACAGGAUACGAGGGCAACCUGUCAGAGCUGGGCCGCCUCCUGAUGCAGGGCUCCUUCAGCGUGUGGACGGAGCAUAAAAAAGGUCACGCCAAGGUCAAGGACCUGGCCCGGUUUAAGCCCAUGCAGAGGCACCUGUUCCUGCACGAGAAGGCCCUGCUCUUCUGCAAGAGGAGAGAGGAGAACGGCGAGGGCUACGAGAAAGCUCCGUCUUACAGCUUCAAACACUCUCUCAGCAUGAGUGCGGUGGGCAUUACAGAGAACGCUAAAGGAGACAACAAGAAGUUUGAGAUUUGGUGUAACUCCAGAGAUGAAGUUUUUAUAGUGCAGGCUCCGACACCAGAGAUUAAGACAGCGUGGGUGAACGAGAUCCGCAAAGUUCUGACCCAGCAGCUCCAGGCCUGCAGAGAUGCCAGUCAGCAGAAGAGCUCAGACUCUGUUUCCCCUAGUCCCACCAGCAACAACACCUCCAUCUCCCUCAGUCCCUUUCGUAGCAGUGGUCAGAAAAACCAGAAGAAGCAGGAGGAGAAGAGGACGGAGGCGAGCACCGUCUCUGAAGUCACCUCGUCUUCUUCACCGAAACACAAAGAGCCGGUGCCUCAUGUCGCUCUGAACAGAGUCAAAUGGAUGAGUACAUCUAGUCUGUUACAGAGCAAGCGGCAAGGCUGGAACAAGGCGUCUCUCUCGGUGGAUGCCUCAGAAGAGAAUGAUGGGUACUCCAGCGGCGAGGACCCCAUGAACUCUGACCCAGAGGACGAAGUAGGAAAGAAGCUGGCUCCAGGAAAGUAUACGGUGGUAGUGGACUGCGAGAAGGCGGGACCUCAGGAGCUGUCUGUCAAGAGCGGAGACAUGGUCCAGCUAAUCAGAGAAGGAGAGGAGGGACAGUGGUUUGUGAAGAACCUCCGCAGCAGUAAGGAGGGCUGGGUGGCAGCAGCAAACCUCCUCAGCCUCAUCUCAGAGUCCAAAUCAUCCCAGUCACUCAGCAGCUCAGAUGGCAGCGUCUCUGGGAACCUCAGCACUUCCUCCAGCUGCAGUGAGACCUACACCAGCUACUCUGACAUCAAACCCUGACCUGCCAUCACUGUCCCGGCCCCCGUCCACCAAUUUCCAGGUGGAAUUACAAAGCCUGAAGCUGACCCUGACAGGAGGACAUGCUCUUCUCAUCACACAGACGUCCACUGCACAUCUUGUCGGAUACACCAAAGCUAUCAUUGUAUCUGUGAAUAUUGCUUGCUACGCCCACAUUUUCUACUGUUUGCUGUAUUUGCAGCCCCCUGUCAAUGAAAAAUAGCUUAUUUCCAUUCAGCAGUAUUAUGCUCUCAUUUUAAACCAAUUGUGGGUAUUUUCAUGGUUCAUUCCAGGAACAAAAAUUUCAGAUAAUUGAAAUAUCAGGGAAAAAUAGUUCCUCAACAUCCAUGUUAUUAUCACGUGAUGCAGCACCUUCCUGUCAGGCCUUCUUAAAAAAAAUCACAAUCUCUGUAACCUACAGGGAAAAACUAAAUAUCUUCAGUUUAAUAACUUACUGAAUAGAUGUUUAGUGCUGUAUUUAACCCUCCUGAUAAUGUAGCAUUAAACUGGACAAAUCGAAAGAAUAUCUGCACUAAACGUGAGCUGUCAGCAGCUUUCAGAAAACUGUCAGCGUCAGCCUCAUUGACACCCCUUCAAGUCGACCACAUCACAGCGCAGCGACAGAUUCUUGUGUGAAACAUCAACAGGUACAGAUACUACGAGACUGGUAUUUCACAUGAUGCAUCGUCUGUAGUGUCAGACAUUAAUCGUACACUGUGAAAACUGGCAGCUGGCUGCAACAAGAAAAAAAAUGAAAUGCUUUCAGUGCAUCUUGGAGCAUUACUGAGCAGGAUAAAUGUUCAGGGCAUGAUACUGAAGUAGGUGGUUUUUCAUCUCCCCCCAUUCAAGAAUGCUGUAUUCCUCCCUUAUUGUUAAUAUGAGCUUCCCUUAACCCUGGUUUAAUGGUCUUAACUACACAUUAAAACACAGAAUCACUGGGUGAAUGUCACCAACAGCACUACCUGGUGGUCAGGCAUCUUGCACUUCUCCAGCUACAAGUACAAUUCACUUACACAGAGAGCGGCAGCUUGGAACAACUUCUGAACCUCUUUUGUUUUUUCUUUCUUUUUUUUUUUCCAAGAGUGAUUGUCUAUCUCGCCUCUGAAUUGCUCUGAAUUUACCUCUCAGGAAGCCCAAGAAGUUGCAUGGGCAGGCGGGUGUGACUGCAUACCUGCUUGUGACGACUACAUGUCUGUUUGUGUGCAGUCUUGCAUGUGUGUGUGUGUGUGUGUGCUUCAGAACAAACCCAACAAGCCUACUUCGCAAACCCGAUGGAGAGAUAUGUGUAGAUACAGUCAUCAGUCCAGGUUUACCUGCAUUUUAAGGGUCCCAUAACCCCCAAUCUAAGAACCCGUAAAUGUCAAUACUGCAUUUGAAUCAAGUUUUUGUGUCACAGCCACCAUACUCACCUAUCUUUGGUCUGCCUUACAGCAACAAAAGCAGGCUUUGUCCUCACCUCGCGCUCCCUGCCCCACUCAGACAUGUGACGGCAGCCACUUCUCUAGAAGCAGGACUAACCAGGGUCAAGACCUUUUCAACAUGCUUGCACAACCAGCUUGAGAGCAAUAUUUGUUUUCUUGACACCAUGAUCGAAUAAUAAUAUGCAAAAAAAUCAUGACAAAUGUCUGAUUGGAUUGCACAGCAGGGGUGGUGAGUAAGCUAAGCCCUAGUUGGCCCUGUUUGGCCCUGGAGUGGAAAUAAGGAUGUUGAUACAGGUUGAUGGCACACCUGUGACAACCAGCUGCUGUGACACCCUACUUCACACACAUACACACACACACUGAACACUGAAUGACACCUGGCUUCUUACAUUGUUUUUCAAGGGUGUGCUGUUUUUUAACAUCCCAAGAUUUCUACUGUAUCCACAAGGCGCACUGUACAACAAUCUCUUCCUUUUUCCGUGUUUAACAUUGAAUGUGUGACUGUUACUAAACUGAGAAACACCAAGCGCAGCAUGCUGUUACACUAAAACCAGCCCCACCCGUUUGUUACUCAGAAUGGGUUGGAUUUGUCCACCGGUCUAACAAAACCACUGCGGUCUCGUUCGACUUGUCCCUGACUUUCGUCUCCAGAAAGAGGAAGAAACAGGCCUCUCGGUGUCAAACUGUGAGCUGAACCAGAGACUAAACUGUGGCUGGCAUUACGUGUUAAUCCGUGUAAGUUCUGUAAGGCUGAGAAACGUAUGUUACUCUUGUACAGAUGUGUCCUCUAUACCUCACACUGUUUUGCUCGAGAGCAUGUGUAUUGUGAAGAGGAUCAUGGUUUUUGUGAGUCUAAUUGUCGCUCUGUGUGUCAUCACUCUUUGUGGCAUGUUCCUCAUAGCCCCAAUUUUUAACGCUCUCAUGUAAAAAGGCCCGAACGAGGCAAGUAUUUUUACCAGGCACUGUUGUAUUUUGUGAGAGGUUAUUUUCUGCCCUCUGAAGAAAGCUGACACGGGGCACUAAACUUGUCAGUGUUUUAUCGUGAACACACAACAAAGCUUAUUGAAUUAUUUGUACUUCUGACUUGGCUGGAGAGAUGAGAAGGGUUCUAUUUUUUAGUUUCUUUUUAUGCAGCACAUUGCAGCAACCACUGUCUUUAUUUUCCUAUUGUAUCUACUGAGUAUGGUGUUGAUAUGAACAUAUAAUGAGACAUAUCUGUGUAUAUUUGUAAAUAUGUAAUUCCGAAUUGUAUGUAAAAUGAAAAGCAGCUUUAAUAAAGUCUGAGAUGGUUUCCUC